AUGAAUCGCAUGCAGCCAUCCGAUAUUGGCUUUCGGGUUCCCAUUGUCAGCACUGCAUUCGAUCUUCACGCAUUGACAGCGGAUGUGACAUUGAAUUGCUUCGGAGAGGCUACUAGGAGACUGCGCUGA